GUGUUGUGUUGUUGUUCUCGCGAGAUUGUGGCGGUCGAUGUUUUGUGUGGAAUAAUGGCCGCUCUUGGAGCGAUGCCUGGAACGGGGAACAACAUAAAAACCACAUCAGGGUGUGACAGCUGACCUACAACCAAACUAAACAAGUUGGGCAUUUCCUCCCCUACCCUGCCUCCGAACGGAUGGGCAGAGGGGGUAUAUGCCAAAGGAUUCAAGGAACGAGACAGACACAGGUUAAGUGGUCAGUGAGAGAGGGAAACUAGCCAGCCUGAUAGCUAACUGUCUAGCAUUACGAACGACACCUGCUAGCUAGCAAGCUAAUCAGGCAAGCCUACUGCACCUAACGUUACCCGGCUAGCUAACUAUAUUUGCAUUGCUUCGGUAGAGGUGAACAUUUAGACAUUACGACCAACUCAAGCUGGCCAGCAGACGGGUUAAAAGCCUGACAUCUCCGCUAGUAUGAGUGGACCUGGACAAGACAGCGAGCCAGAGGCUAAAGUCCUUCAUAUCAAGCGGCUAUACAGAGCGGUGGUGGAGUCUGUGCACAAGUUAGAUGUCAUCAUCAGCAGUAAAUCAUCCUACAGAGAGGUCUUCAAGCCAGAGAACAUCAGCCUUCGCAACAAGUUAAGAGAAUUGUGUGUGAAGCUCAUGUUCCUUCACCCUGUUGACUAUGGACGCAAAGCUGAGGAGCUUCUUUGGAGGAAGGUUUAUUAUGAGGUCAUUCAGGUCAUCAAGACCAACAAGAAGCACAUUCACAGUCACAGUGCACUGGAGUGUGCGUACAGGACUCACCUGAUUGCCGGGGUGGGCUUCUACCAGCACCUCCUGCUCUACGUCCAGUCCCACUACCAGCUGGAGCUGCAGGACUGCAUAGACUGGACCCACGUCACCGACCCGCUCAUCGGUCGAAAGAAGCCAGUGUCCGCCUCCCCAAAAGAGAUGGAAUGGGCUCAGAUGGCCUGCCACAGGUGUCUGGUUUACCUGGGAGACCUGGCGCGCUACCAGAAUGAACUGGCCGGGGUCGAAGCAGAACAGCUGGCCGAACGUUUUUACCACCAGGCUCUGUCAGUCUCGCCACAUGUCGGAAUGCCUUUUAAUCAGCUGGGCACGUUAGCGGGUAGUAAAUUCUACAAUGUCGAAGCUACAUACUACUACCUACGCUGCAUUCAGUCAGAGACGCAGUUCGAGGGAGCGUAUGGCAACCUAAAGCGUCUCUUCAUCAAGGCAGCUAAGAUGUACCACCAGGUGAAGAAGCAGGAGAUGAAGAAGCUGUCGCCUUCAAGGCAGAGGUCCAAAGACAUCAAGAGACUUCUGGUGGGCUUCAUGUAUCUGCAGAGUUUACUACAACCGAAGAAUAGCAUCAUUGAGACGGAGCUGACUGCCCUGUGCCAGUCGGUGCUGGAGGACUUCAACCUGGUGCUGUUCUACCUGCCCGCGCCCCUGCACUCCUCACUGUCGGCCGGCGAGGAGGAGGAGGAACACGACAGCGGCUGCUCCGUGCUGCCCGACACACUGGUCUUCAAGAUGGUGGUCACCUGCUUGAUGGUGGUGCACAGCCUUAAGAGGGGAGGGUCCAAGCAGUACAGUGCCUCGAUAGCUUUCACGCUGGCGUUGUUCUCCCACCUGGUCAACCAUGUCAACAUCCGCCUGCAGGCAGAGCUGGAGGAGGGCGAGGUGCCGGUACCCGCGCUGCGCUUGGAUAACGCCGAUGACCCUGAGCUGAGAGAGGCGUCCACCACCACUGGUACUGAGGACAGAGCCCUGCGGAAUGGCUCGCUGGAGGAAGAUGAUGAUGAGGAAGAUGAGAGCAAAGGCAGCAGGGAGGAUGGCCAGAAGGCGCCCGGCGCCCAGCGCGAUGGACCCCACAGGAACGCGGCCUCCCAGAAGCCAGGGUCCGGCGGCGACAGCAACAGCAAGCUGAAGCAGAAGCGCAAGUUCCCGCGGCUGUCCAUGCUGAGGCGCCGCCGCUGCGCCAGCAAGCAGGACGAGAGCGACCUGAGCGAAGGCUUCCAGAGCGACGAGGAGGAGGACGACGAAGAGGAUGGCGGGCGCAGCGCCGACAGACCCCUGGGGGUGUCGCUGGGCCCGCCGGUGGACCCUCCCGUCCUCCGGAAAGAGGGACGGAGGAGGAGGAGGCCUCCCCUCACAGGGGCGCCCAGCUGGGAGAGCGGCACAGACGAGGAGGAGGACGAGGAAGAGGAGGAGGAGGAGGAGGAAGGCGGCACGGCCUUCGACGUCGAGACGGACUCGGACAUGAACAGCCAGGAGUCGCGCUCCGACCUGGAGGACAUAGAUGAAGGCAACGGCGUGCAUGAGGAGGGCGAAAACGAGGACGAGGACGGAGACGAGGAAGACCUGCAGCAGCAGCAACAACAACAACAACAACAACAACAACAACAACCGCCGCCACGGGAGGAAGGCUCCGUAAGCCCCGUGGUCACUAACGGGCCGCUGCUCUCCACCGACCCCAGCAUCAGCAGCAACCUCCAGGCCAUGUCCUCCCAGCUCUUUCAGGCCAAGCGGCACUUCCGCCUUGCGCCCACCUUCAGCAACGUGAUGCUGCGGCCGCAGAACACGCCCAGCCCCACGCCGGACUCAGCCCCCUCGCCUCAACCUCCUGUCCUGUCCGAAGAGACGCCCGACAGCGUUGGUCCUGGCACAGCUAAUGGCACUAAUGAUAAUGAGAUGGACUCGGACUCCGAGGGCAGCCAACACAGCAACCAGUCCGUCCACAGUGAGAAGACCCUCUUGGAGAAGCUGACGAUUCUGACCAAUCAGGGCCUGAUUCCUGUGGUGAAGGUCAUCGUGGAUUGGCUAAGGACGAACACAGACAUAAUUCUCAUGUGUGCUCAGAGUUCCCAGAGUCUGUGGAACCGACUUUCGGUGCUGCUCAACCUCCUACCUGAUGGAGCCAAGAUGCUGGAAGCAGAUCUGGGUGUGUGCUCGGAGCUGGCCGCGCUGCUGGGUGAGUGUGAGCAGCCGGGGUUGGUCCAGACGCUGCUGCUGCCCGAAGACCUGGCCCUGCGGCACCUGCCCGCCCUCAGCCUGGCACACCGACGCCUGGACUUCAGCGCCAGCCGACCAUCUCUCAGCCCCCUGGACGAGUGCAUGGUGCGUUUGUGCUGCAUCCGCAGUUUCGGCCACUUUCUUACCAGUCUCCAAGGCAACGUGCUGCACUUCAACCCGGAGGCAGGCAUCUUCACAAGCAUCAGCCAAUCAGAAGAGGACAACCUGGUCCAGCAGGCCAAGGCCCAGUUCCGCAUGGCUGAGGAGGAGGCUCGUCGGAAUCGCCUGAUGAGAGACAUGGCUCAGCUCCGCUUACAGUUGGAGGUGUCACAGCUAGAGGGCAGCCUUCAGCAGCCCAAGGCCCAGUCGUCCAUGUCUCCGUACCUGGUGCCCGACUCGUCGUCUCUGUGUCAGCACCUCCCCCUGCUCAGGCAGCUGGCCAGCAGUGGCUGCUUCAUCAUCAUCAUCCCCCGCACAGUGAUUGACGGGUUGGACAUGUUGAAGAAGGAGAAUGCUGGUGCGAGGGAUGGAAUCCGUUUCUUGGAAUCGGAGUUUCGCAAGGGAAAUAGGUACAUCCGCUGUCAGAAGGAGGCAGGAAAGGGCUUCGACCGAGACAAGCUCAAGCGGCAGGACCCUGAGGCCUGGCAGCUGUAUAAGAUGGUGGACAGCUGCCGUCAGCUGACUGGGUGUCAGAGCAAUGGAGACGAGGACACUGUUGGCAUGGUGACCAUCCUUACCGGUCACUCCAUUCCCGAGAUGUCUGCUCGCUCUGCACCCAUGAAGGCUGCCAUGGCAGCCGUGUCGGCAGCGGGCAUGGAGCUGAAAAACGUGGUGGAGUUCUACCGCCAGUGGAAAGAGAUGGGCUGAGGAAAGUUCCAGCGCGGCUACUUCGGCUGAUUCACACAUCCACUCCCUCUCUCUCUUUCUCUCUCUCUCUUUCUCUCUUUCUCUCUCUCGCUCUUUCUCUUCUCUCUCUCGCUCUCUCUGUCCUCAUCCACUCUGUCUGUAUCUGCUUCUCCGAGACAACAAGCAAACAUGAAGUCCAACCCGUUGAAAGAGAGAGCAUAAACGACAGCAGGUCUGAGACUGCUGCAGCGUGUGUGUGUAUGGCAGAGCACAGGAAUAGGGAGAACCGGAGAAGGGAUUUUAGAAAUAAAAUAACACAAAAAGAUGAUCUAUGUAGAGCAAACGAAAACAGACGCAGAUCCCUCAUCCGUCUCUCACUCCAUGUGGAGUAAGAUGAGGGUUUGGGGGAAGGGUGCCUAGGUUUGAGUGCCCCUGGUUCACUUGUUGUUCAAAACCCAACCAGGUCUUGCUCGUGGAGGUGGGGGCAAAUAUCCUACUGAGAGAGAGAGACACGCACACAUACACAUUCAUAUACACAACCCGAGGAGAAGACGUGAUUUACCAAUAUAUAUAAAUAUAUAGAGAGCGCAAUGCUUAUUUGGUUUUGUUUGUUUGUUUUCUUCUUCCUUAUCUGAGUUUAGGAAGUUUUAGGGGAAGGGGGGGGGGGGGGGGGUUGUGACUUUAGUGUCCCCUCUUGGUGGUAGGGCAGUGGUGAAGGUGUGACUACAACCACAGUCCACCACUGCCCACCACUCUUCCCACAGGAAAGCUCUGGAACCUGUUCUCAUGCUGGGCUUGUGCGCCAGACUAGGGCUCCUUUUAGCACCUGUAGAACUCAUCCCAGAGGUCAAGGUGAAAGGAUUUGCACGUCUGUCGGAAUUGGAUUCUUUUUUUUUUUUCCCUUUGUGGCUUUUUCUUUUUUGUUUUGUUUUGCUGUGUACUUUUUGUGACCAGUGACCUAAUGUAUUCAGUUAUGUAUGUAUAGAGAGAAAAAGGGUAAUGUAAGGAAAAAAAAACAAGAAAACAAAACAAACAAAAAAAACAAAGAUGGUUGGUUUUAUGCGAUUUUAUUUUUGUAUGUUGUACUGUUUUCUGUGUCUUGUCUUUCUGUUUUUUGGACCUUUUGUAAACUGUGCCGAACACAGUAAAGGGGAAGGGUUAGCGGGAGGUUGUUCGGGUGGCUGACUCGAUCAUGUCUCCUUAAACGGUCUUGUGAUCUGUCUGUUUCAUGCUCUCACAAGAGAGGUCCUAGCUCUGUACGAUGGCCGCCUCUUGAUCAUCCCAUUGCCAUCAGCUCAUCAGAAACCCCAGUGCUGACAGGAGUGGAGAAAGUUGUGUUCGACUCUGUGAUCCCCCCCACCCCCCCUCCCAACCCCCCUUGUUCCUCUCAGACCUACUAAACAGUAAAAUCUCCAUCACCUGUUUCUCCAGCAUCAAUCACACGCAUGCCCUACAUCAUCAUUCCCGCCAUGCACAGUGCAAAAGGAAAACAAAUGUAUGUGUGAGUUCACGCAUUCAACAAUAAAAAAAAAAAAACAAGACUUCAUCAGA